UCCAACUUGCCUGUACCCAUCAUUCAUCGUAUCAUGUCUUUCCUUCCAACAACUAAAGAUGUGACUCGUGUUGCCGUCUUGUCCAAGACACUUAAUUCUGAAUUAAGUUUACUCGAGGAGUUGAGGAAUGGCUUACGAUCUCCACUGUUGUCUCUCAAGCAUCUACGUGUUCAAUUGUUUUCAUCAUCCAGAAGCUUACCAGAGUUGCUGGACAUCUUGCUUUGUCUUUCACCUUAUCUGGAGACCAUGUGUAUUACUUCGAAAUAUAAAGAAAAUUUCGAAGAAUUGAAUUUGCAAUUCCAAAAUAAAACAGCAGGAGUUGAAGAAGACGAUUCAGACUUCCAGUGGAAUUCUAGUUGGAAACAUGAUUUGAAAAAAGUGAUAAUUUACAAAUUUGUGGCUAAUAAUGAUGUCCAAGAGACCGUGGUAAACUUCUUCCUCGAGAAUGACAUGAAGGUGGAAACAAUAUCUGACCUGAAAGGGGAGAAAUAUUUGUGUUCCAAAAUAAAGCAACAUUAGUUGAAGAAGAGGAUUCAGACUUUCAGUGGCAUUAUUGUUGGAGACACCAUUUGGGAAAGGUGAUAAUUGACAAAUUUGAGGUUAAACUUCUUCGAGAAUGACAUA